AUGCAGCGAUGGGAAAAAGAUGUUUCCGGUGGUUCGUCAAUGGGGCAAAAACUCGGCUUUGAUUCUAGAGGCAAAGGCAUAGAAGAGAUUGUUUCUCGUUUAUCCCCUUUCGAUGAGUUACCGGAGGACUGUGUUUCUAAUAUAAUCUCUCUUACAAGUCCCCGGGACGCAUGCAUUGCCGCUUCGGUUUCUAGAACCUUAAGAUUAACGGUCCAGUCAGAUAGUGUAUGGGAGAAGUUUCUUCCGACGGAAUAUGCAUCUUUGAUUCAUGAAUGGCGAGUUUUCUUGUCAAAGAAGGAGCUCUAUUUUUCUCUAUGCCAAGUCCCUAUUCUAAUAGAAGAUGGCCAAAAGAGUUUCUGGUUAGAAAAAGCGAGUGCGAAGAGAUGUCUCAUGUUAUCUCCAAAGCAACUCGUGAUCACAUGGGGAAAUAGUCCUCAGUAUUGGCAAUGGAUUUCAAUCCCUGAAUCUAGGUUUGAGAAAGUACCGGAGCUUCUUGAUGUAUGUGCUUUCGAGAUCCAUGGUUGGAUGAAUACUCAGAUCCUAUCUCCGAGAACUCAUUACUCGGCUUACGUAGUGUACAAGUCAAGAACUGGAUGUUACGGCUUCCGUGAUUUGCCCAUACAAGUUGGAAUUGGAUUGGUCGGACAAAAGCCUCCUAAAAGAUUCAUAUGCUUUGAUGAGUCUACGGAUAGAAUUAAAAAGUGGGCAAGGAGAGAGCUAAUAAAAUCACAUGAGAGAGAAGAUGGAUGGAUAGAAGCAGGAAUUGGAGAAUUUUUCAAUGAAGGAGGAUUAUCUUUGGGUUGUGAUGAAAUUGAGCUAAGUAUUGUAGAUAUUACGUCACCUUAUUGGAAGCGUGGAUUAGUCAUUCAAGGAAUUGAAUUCCGACCUGCUAAACAGUAAUACCGGUUUACCGUUGUGGAAAACAGGUUCGAUGAUUUUCCGGUUAUUAUUUUGUUAUCACAUGUUUCUUGUCUAAGAAGCAAGUUAAAAAUUUUAUGUUGCUCUUGUGGGAAGAGUC